AUGGAACCAUUAAGAGAAGAUCAGCAAUUGCAAUCACACCGUCCACCGCCACCACCACCACAACUGAGUAAACCAACACCACAACAGGCGUUGGAUCAAAUCACUGGAGGUAGUGGUAAGCAUGCUCAAGCACCAACGGAGAAAGUUAGCAGAACCAAUUCACUGAAACAGUAUCAAAACAAUCAAGCACAUAAUCAACAACAACAACCGGUCAGAGAUGCUAAGAAGGCUGCAAUGUUAUCCCAAAAGAAGAGAGAAGAUAAGAAUCGUAAGAACCAACAAAUAUUGAAUAAAUUACAAUCGAUAUGUUCGGAAGGAAACCCUAAGGACAAAUAUAAAGAUUUAGUUAAAAUUGGACAAGGUGCUAGUGGAGGUGUUUAUAUAGCACAUGAAGUUGCACAAGAUAAAUUGAUUAAUACUGUUGCCGUUAAGCAAAUGAAUUUGGAUCAACAACCUAAAAAGGAAUUAAUUAUUAAUGAGAUUUUAGUUAUGAAAGGAAGUAAACAUCCAAACAUUGUUAAUUUUAUUGAUUCUUAUCUAUUAAAGGGAGACUUAUGGGUGAUUAUGGAAUACAUGGAAGGAGGAUCCUUAACUGAAAUUGUCACUCAUAGUGUGAUGACUGAAGGACAAAUUGGUGCAGUUUGUAGAGAAACUUUGAAAGGAUUAAAAUUCUUACAUUCCAAAGGGGUUAUUCAUCGAGAUAUCAAAAGUGAUAAUAUUUUAUUAAAUAUCGAUGGUAAUAUCAAGAUGACUGAUUUUGGAUUUUGUGCCCAAAUUAAUGAAAUCAACUUGAAAAGAACUACCAUGGUUGGUACUCCCUACUGGAUGGCUCCUGAAGUUGUUUCUCGUAAAGAGUAUGGUCCAAAAGUUGAUAUUUGGUCUUUAGGUAUUAUGAUUAUUGAAAUGAUUGAAGGGGAACCUCCUUAUCUUAACGAAACUCCAUUGAGGGCUCUUUAUUUAAUUGCUACUAAUGGUACUCCUAAAUUAAAAGAACCAGAAGCUUUAAGUUAUGAUAUCCGUAAAUUUUUAUCCUGGUGUUUACAAGUUGAUUUUAAUAAAAGAGGUAAUGCUGAUCAGUUACUAAGUGACAAAUUCAUUAUGGAAAGUGAUGAUGUUGCCAGUUUAAGUCCUCUAGUUAAAAUUGCCAGAAUGAAAAAAAAUGAAGAUGAAUAA